UGAAAUGUUUACAUUUUUAUUUUUUGUACUUUUGUAGGAUUUUUCAAUAAAAUAUCCAUAGGCUUUUUCAAAUAUUAUUCAGUCUUUAGAGUAAGAAUCUUAUUCGUAUUAUGUUUUAUUUAGUAGGCCUUGGUUUAGGCGACGCCAAAGACAUAACUGUACAAGGGUUAGAAAUAGUAAAAAAAUGUGAUAAAGUUUUAUUAGAAGGUUAUACUUCUAUAUUGACUGUCGGAAAAGAUGCUUUGGAAAAUUUCUAUGGGAGGCAAUUGAUUAUGGCAGAUAGAGAGCUAUGUGAAAAUAACAUAGAUGAAAUCCUAAAAGAGGCCAAGGAGAAAGAUAUAGCUCUUUUAGUAGUGGGAGAUCCCCUAGGAGCAACAACACAUACUGAUAUGUUACUUCGUGCGAAAGACUUUGGAGUUAAAACACAAAUUGUUCACAAUGCAUCAAUAAUGAAUGCUGUAAGUUGUUGUGGCUUGCAGCUGUACAACUUUGGUGAAACUGUUUCCAUUCCCUACUGGACAGACACUUGGAAACCUGACAGUUUCUUUGAGAAAAUUGUGGGGAAUCACUCCAGAAACUUGCAUACUCUUUGUCUUUUAGAUAUUAAAGUAAAGGAGCCAACAGAAGAAUCAUUGACAAAGAAGGUGCGUCAGUAUAUGGAUCCUAAGUUCAUGUCUGUCAAAGAAGCAGCUAGACAAUUAGUUCAGAUAAUCGAAAAUAAACCUGGCACAGGUAUCACCACAAACAGUUUGGCGAUUGGCCUAUCACGGGUGGGAGCUCCUGAUCAAAAGAUAGUGGCAAUGUCAUUGGAAGCAAUGCAGAACUAUGAUCUGGGCGCACCUUUACACAGUCUUGUUAUACCCGCGCCAGUUUUGCACCCACUUGAAAUAGAUUAUCUCACACAAUUUAGAUAGUUACAUUAGUCUUCAUACUACUACAUGUCGGAUGUAGUACAUGGUUGGAGUUCUUAGCUCCAACAGCAUCACCUCUGACAAACAUGGCCUGCUCACUGCCACUUCAAUUUGCUAACAAUUUGGGCUAUAGUGUUGUCCUUGGUUCUCCUGCUUUUAAUUUUGGGUCUACUAUACUUACUUGGUUUAUUAAAAGUUAAAGAAUGUGUAUUUUUAUUACAUAUUUAUUUGGCUACAAAUGCCAGAAUUAUUCAAGACAACAUAAAUUGUUGAAUAAGAUAUUUAUAAGAUUUAAAUAAACAUUAUUAUAUAUUUAA